AGUCACGUGAAUCAACCUUCCUGGUAAACCAGACUGGAAAGAAUAUUUCAAAUUAUAGUUUUGGGUUUUAUGGCGAAAUCCUCUCUUAGUUGUGGUGUUUGUGACCUCCGUCACACCAACAAACCAGCCAUAGUCUGGUGUACAGAAUGUGAUGAGGGACUAUGUACAGAAUGUCAGGAGCAUCAUAGUUUGUCUAAGGGAACCAAAAACCAUAGGGUGAUACUUAUUACUGAAUACCUGAAAUUACCAUCGGAUGUACUCAAGAUUAGUCAGUACUGUAGCAAACACAACAAACAGUUUCAAAUUUAUUGUCGAAAGCACGAAAGUCCUUGUUGCAGUAAAUGUACUGUCGAAAGCCACAAUGAAUGUCGGGAUAUCGUUGAUUUACAUGACGUUAUUCAGAAUACCAAAGCCUCCAAUGCCCUGUGCGAGAUAGAGGAAACAUUCGUUGAAGUAGCAGAAAAUCUAAAUAAAAUCCGCCUGUAUCAUAAAAAAAACCUGUCAACUUUCAUCGACAGCAGGAAGGAAAUUGAAAACGAAAUUACCAAGAUCAGACUAAAAAUCAACAACCAUCUCGACGAACUUCAAAAAGAUUUUAUAAAACAACUGUAUGCGGUUGAAGAAAAAGAAAAGUCGAAAAUUUGUCAGUUAUUGUCAUCAUUAGAAAAGACACAAAAAGAAAUAGCCGAUUACCAGGCAAAUAUUGCGAACAUCAAGCAUCACGCAACGGACCUUCAAAUGUUUCUUUCAUUGAGGCAAAUAGAAGAAGACGUAUAUAGCAAAGAUAAACUGCUGCAGUCGAUUGCAGAAGGAUCGGAACAGCAUUUACUAUCCUAUAAGAUGAACAGCUCUAUUCAGAAUAUCAUGUCCGAGAUCAAAAGUUUUGGAGAAGUACAUAUUGAAACUAGACCCAUGGAUAUCGUUCUAACAAAGAAGAAGGCCAAACAAGCCCAAAUGAUGGUACCAACCAUCCAAUUGAGAUCGAUUGAAAGUAUAAAGCUGAAGAGACACAAGACCAUUAACUUGCAAUCAACAAACACCCGCGGAUGUUGCAUACUACCGGAUGGAAGAAUUGCCUAUACUUCCUUCGCUAACUGCACAAUAAGUGUAUGCAAUAUUGAAGGAAAAAACGAAUUAACGGUAAAGAUGCCGAAUACACCAUAUGCUAUAGUUUUCAUCAUUGAUGACAAUGCAUUGGCUGUUACAUCUGGUUAUUCACCAAACAAGUCUAUUACCAUUAUUGACAUGGAGAAGAAACAAAUCAGGAAAACAAUUUCACUGGAUUCGUAUAACUUUGGCAUAGCACUUAAAGAAAAUAAAAUGAUUUAUUCCGCGGAAAACAAAGGUAUACGAAUGAUCAAUCCAUUCGACGAGUCUAUAAGUGACAUUAUCCGAGAAAAACUGCCCAGUAACUGUUACAUUGCAACACUUAAAGAGAAUAUAUAUUAUACAAACAUUGACAGAAACACUGUAACGUGUUAUAAUCUACAAGGUAAAAUACAAUGGACAUUCCUGAAUAUAAACGUAUUGAAGACUCCUCUGGGUAUUGAUGUAGAUACUGAUGGUAAUGUGUACGUGGUUGGGUACCAAUCAAAUAAUGUUGUAGUUAUCUCCCCUGACGGACAACGACACAGAGAAGUAUUGACAGCAAGAGAUGGUCUUCAAAGCCCUAGUUUACUCCAUUAUAGUAGAAUAAUGAAUCAGUUGCUUGUUGCGAACAUGCAUACCAAAGUCUUAUUGUUUAAUCUUGAUUAAAAGAGUUUAUUUGUCGAA